UCUGCUUCCCCAACGUAGAUGCCUGGGCUAGCAUUACAUGGGCUUACAGAGCUGUCAAAUUUGGGCUUGACAUGAACCAAAGCCCAAAAUCCAGCCCACUAAGAGUUCAACUUGACUCCUCUAAUUGACCCAAAUUCAUCUCCCCGUUCUGUUCCCCUCGCCGCCGGUCUCCACUGUCCGUUCCCGCGAAAGCAUCCCAGGUUUUGCGCUGCUCUCUCGCCGCCAGAAUCGAAGCUGUCGGAGCUAGCCCUGAAUGCUCCGGGAUGGAAGGAUUAAGCGUGGUUGCAGCCAAUUUGAAAGUCUUCCUCCAGCCUUCGCAGAGCAAUAAUCUCACUCUAGCUAUCUUCCGCGAGCUCAGCGCGUUGCUCUUCAAGUACCAUGAUGAAUUCGACGGUGUCUUGUUAGCUUAUAAUGUUCAUGCUCCGGAGAAUAAGGGGCGAAUCCUUCCCGGUGUUCAUCCGUUCAUUGCUGUGAGACUAGAGGCUAAAUUGCUUGUCUUUUCGCCUAAGCCAGACAUGCUUUUAGAAGGGAAGGUGGUGAAAGUGGCUGAGGAGUCUAUUCAUGUCAUUGUUCUUGGUUUCUCGUCGGCUGUAAUAACAGAUGAAGAUAUCCGCAAUGAGUUUAAGUACAAGACGAAACACGGUCAGGGUUUGUAUGUCAACAGAUCUAACAAGCGCCAUGUGAUUAAGGCUGGAACUAUGAUUCGUUUUGUUGUCAAGAGUAUGAAUGAAGAGACACUCCACAUCUAUGGAUCAUUGAUCCCUGCUAACACUGGAAGCAUCAAGAUAUUGGAGAAAUCAUCAGAGCAUACCAACACAGAAAGCGUCACAAUCAACAGCACUCCCAAGAAAAGGAGAAGCAAAGAGCAAGAAGGAGUGGCACAGAUCACAGAGCAUGGCAGCAUUGUCAAGGAUGCUCCUUCACAUAACAAUUAUGAUCGUGAAAUUAAGAAGCCGCGAAGAAGCUGAUAACUCAUUGAAAGCCGGAUUAAUGAAAUGUUGUAGUUUAGCCUGUUAUUUGUAAUUUAUUGCAUACAAAUGGCUGCUUAGAAGGUUAUAGCCAAUUCGCUCAAGUCCUGGGAAAUCUUUCUUCGAUCUUACCCUGUUUAUGUGCAAUGUGCUUCAAGAUACGAAAAGUUGGUCGUGUUAAGAAACUGAGGGUUCAGUUCCUUUUAUCAUUUGACAUUGAUGGACUGAAGCUUGAUUAAGCCCAUGUUCAAGUUGUUUCAAUCCUGAUCUGCUCAGCGUAAUUGUCGAACCAAUCACUCCCUAUCAAGUGCCAUCUUUGUGGUAAAACCUCAUUAUCACUAUGAUGGAUAUUCAUCUGUUGAAAUCCAGUUGUUUAGACAUUGCUGUAGAGGCUCCCAUCUGAAGCUGGGCAGAUUUUUAGACUCAUUAGACGAAGGCGGCGAAAAUAAAAGACAGGCCUUUUA